CGGUGUUAGGUGAUUUGGGAUGAAGGAAAAUCUUAAAAUAGAUUUAUGACUUAAAAUGGAGUUAAGUUUAAGCUUCUUAACUUUUUUUUUAAUAGUUUUUAGUCGUCAGUGGAUCUCUUAUUUAUUUAUAUGCAUUGUUGAGGAUUGAAGCCUGGGCCUCACACAUGCCAGGUGAGCACUCUAGCACUGAGCUCUAGCACUCUAGCUACUCCAGCUCCUAAGCUUCUUAACUUUUAUGCUAAUCUUUAUUGGUUUCAUUUCAUUGAAUUUCGUGCCCCACCAUUCUGGGGACUGAAUUCUGGGGUGCUCUACCACUGAGCUGUAUCCCUACCCCUCUUUAUUUUUUGAGACAGGGUCAUCCUUUACUCUCAAAUGAUUCAUAAAGAACAAGAAUUAGACCUCUAGGUCUUGUUUAUUUUGAGAGAAGGUCUCACUAAGUCGCUGAGGCUGGCCUUGAACUGGUGAUCCUCCUGCCUCCAAGUAGCUGGGAUUAGAGUGGUGUGCCACUAUUUUCACCUUCAUUUUGUUGAAUUUUAAUUAGGAGUGUGGUUAGAAUUAUACACAAACUAGUGGCUGGGAUUGUGGCUCAGAGGUGGAGCGCUUGCCUAGCAUGUGUGAGGCACUGGGUUUGAUCCUCAGCACCACAUAAAACUAAAAUAAAGGUAUUGUGUCCAUCUAUGACUGAAAAAUAAAUGUUAAAAAAAAAAAGAAUUAUGCACAAACAAAAAACACUGGGGCCACAGAGUUGAAAAGUGUUGAAUGUGUAAGAUUUCCUAAAAGAAGGAAACUGGUGAUCCCUGCCAUCAUUGCUGAGAUCUACCUUACUGGUUCUUCAUUCAGUAACUGUUCACUGAAUAGUUGUGUUCCACAUAAAGGAAUAAGCCAAAGUCCUUGCCUUCAAGUUGCUCACAAUCUACUGAGGCAUACCAAUACAUAUGUAAUUGUAGCCAGUUCCUAUUUAGCACUUUGUGACUGACAUGCCUAUGGUAACUCUAAAAGCUACCAUCCCUUCACAGUUGAAGAAAGAGGCACAAAUUGGGAGAGCAGCCUACUCAAGGUCACACCUAAUAAGUGGCCGAUCUCAGGCCAUCUGGUUAAUCAGUACUUUAAUGCCCACUAUAUAUAUUGCUAUUCUAAUUAUUAAAAUGUAAAGUGCAAAAUAAAGUGAUAAUACACAGUUAAAAAUGGGAGAGGAAGUUAUAAAAUGCUUUUAGGAGGAGGUAGUAACCUCUAAUAUGUGGGAGGGUCAUACAGCAGAAUCAAUCAGCCUCAGUAAAACUGGAGGUAAGACAUGAAGUCCUGUAUAUUAAGGAUGCCUGGCCACAAGCAGUACUCUAUUGCUUGAAUUUUGAAGUUUGAAUUAGGAAGCAGCCACAGAUGGGUGGGCACAGAGGGUCUUGUAUGCCUUGCCAAGGAGUUAUAUGGCCUGGGGAUAUGUGAGGGGGCACCUAUAGCAGGAGAAUGGCAAGGUCUAAUUUUAUUCUUUGUGAAUCAUCUGAGAGUGAAGGAUGUAUUUGAGGAGCACAUUAAGGAACCCAUUACAAUAACUCAGGAUUGAUAAUAGAGGCCUCGCAAGGGCAGGGAAGGUAAGGGUAAACUAAAGGGCAUAUUUGAGAAAUACUGAGUGGGAAAAUUGGCAAGACUUGGUAAAUUGAUUGCCAGAAGUUCCAGGUAAUUUGUAAGUAGCCUGGGGGUGCACAGUGGUGGCAACUGAAACAGAAUGCAGGGGGAGGAGCAAUUUUAGGUGGGCCUCAGACAAAGUCUGAGUGCAUAAAGUGAGUACUUUGGAAUGGGUAGGAAUCCUACAAAAUGAACCCUAAGAGUGAAUACAAAUGCCAUGUGCAAAAAGGGACUUCCUGGUAAAACCACUUUUAGUGGAGAAAAGCCAACUGUUUAUGCAGUGCCCUCUGGUGGUCAAAAUAUGUUAUGCUGCCUCUUCAAGAUGAAGGAUGAAAGUGUAGAAACUGCCUGGAUUAAAUACUUUACUCCUGGAGGAAAGAGAAUAUUUUAGAAGCCACUGUUUCCUCUGCCUUUGGGUUGAAUUGAUUUCCUAGACCUGCAAUUCGGUUGAACUACAAAGCCUAUAAGAGACUGAAAUGGUGAACAGAAGGAGGUCAGCAUACCUUUUAGAAGUAACAGCUGUUGGCUUGACAAGGGGACAGAAAAAUACCAGCAAACCAACCAACAAACCACCAUCUCCAAAAGCAGGUGUCUCUAAUUAAUAGAAGAUGGCAAAACCCAGCCACAGCAGCUACGUUCUUCAGCAGCUAAACAACCAAAGAGAAUGGGGUUUUCUCUGUGACUGUUGUAUUGCAAUUGAUGACAUUUACUUUCAAGCCCACAAAGCCGUUCUAGCUGCCUGCAGCUCCUAUUUUAGAAUGUUUUUCAUGAACCAUCAACAUAGUACUGCACAACUGAAUCUCAGCAAUAUGAAAAUUAGUGCUGAGUGUUUUGAUCUCAUUUUGCAAUUUAUGUAUUUAGGAAAAAUUAUGACAGCUCCCUCCAGUUUUGAGCAGUUUAAAGUGGCAACGAACUACCUACAGCUGUAUAAUGUUCCUGACUGCUUAGAAGAUAUACAGGAUGCAGAUUGUUCUAGUUCAAAAUGUUCAUCUUCUGCUUCCAGCAAACAGAACAGCAAAAUGAUAUUUGGAGUAAGAAUGUAUGAAGACACUGUGGCUAGAAAUGGAAGUGAAGCCAAUAGGUGGUGUGCAGAGCCAAGUUCAACAGUAAAUACACCACAUAAUAGAGAGCCUGAUGAAGAAUCUUUACAAUUAGGUAAUUUUCCUGAACCACUAUUUGAUGUAUGUAAAAAAAGUUCUGUGUCCAAAUUAUCUGCUCCAAAAGAACGUGUAUCGAGACGCUUUGGACGGAGUUUUACCUGUGACAGCUGUGGAUUUGGCUUUAGUUGUGAAAAAUUAUUAGAUGAGCAUGUGUUGACCUGUACUAACAGACAUUCAUACCAAAACACAAGAUCUUACCACCGAAUAGUAGAUAUUAGAGAUGAAAAAGACAGUAACAUCAAAGCUAAAUUUGGUGAAAAGGAUUCUUCUAAAACAUUUUCUGCACAGACCGACAAAUACAGAGGAGACACAAGCCAGGCUCCUGAUGAUUCAGCUUCAACCACUAGAAACAGGAAAAGUAGCACAGUGGAGUCUGAAAUAGCCACUGAAGAAAAAAGCAGAGCUGCUGAGAGGAAAAGAAUCAUUAUCAAGAUGGAGCCAGAAGAUAUUCCUACAGAUGAGCUGAAAGAUUUUAACAUUAUUAAAGUUAAUGAUAAAGACUGUAACGAAUCCACUGACAACGAUGAAUUGGAAGAUGAACCCGAAGAGCCAUUUUAUAGAUACUAUGUUGAAGAAGACGUCAGCAUUAAAAAAAGUGGUAGGAAAACUCUAAAACCUCGGAUGUCAAUAAAUGCUGAUGAAAGAGUUGGUUUAGAAAAUAUGAGACCCCCUAACAACAGCAGUCCAGUUCGAGAGGAUACUGAAAAUGCAUCUUGUGAGCUGUGUGGACUCACAAUAACUGAGGAGGACCUGUCAUCUCAUUACCUAGCCAAACACAUUGAAAAUAUCUGUGCAUGUGGUAAAUGUGGACAAAUACUUGUCAAGGGUAGACAACUUCAGGAACAUGCCCAAAGAUGUGGAGAACCACAAGAUCUGACAAUGAAUGGGUUAGGAAAUACUGAGGAGAAAAUGGACAUGGAAGAAAAUCCUGAUGAGCAGUCUGAAAUAAGAGAUAUGUUUGUUGAAAUGUUGGAUGAUUUUAGGGACAGUCAUUACCAGUUAAACAGUAUCCAAAAAAAGCAGUUAUUUAAGCAUUCCGCCUGUCCUUUUCGAUGUCCUAACUGUGGCCAGCGUUUUGAAACUGAAAAUCUAGUGGUUGAACAUAUGUCUAGCUGCCUAGACCAAGAUAUGUUUAAGAGUGCCAUCAUGGAAGAAAAUGAAAGAGAUCACAGGCGAAAGCAUUUCUGUAAUCUGUGUGGAAAAGGAUUUUAUCAGCGGUGUCAUUUAAGAGAACACUAUACUGUUCAUACUAAGGAAAAACAGUUUGUUUGUCAGACAUGUGGAAAGCAGUUUUUAAGAGAACGUCAGUUGCGUCUGCACAAUGAUAUGCACAAAGGCAUGGCCAGGUAUGUCUGUUCCAUUUGUGAUCAAGGAAACUUCAGAAAACAUGACCAUGUACGGCAUAUGAUUUCUCAUUUAUCUGCUGGUGAGACUAUAUGCCAGGUCUGCUUUCAGAUAUUCCCAAAUAAUGAACAAUUGGAGCAGCACAUGGAUGUUCAUCUGUAUACAUGUGGAAUAUGUGGAGCAAAAUUUAAUUUGAGGAAAGAUAUGAGAUCACAUUAUAAUGCCAAGCAUUUGAAAAGAACCUAAGUGAUUUUCUACUGUACUAAUGUCUAGUUGAUAGCAGACAAAACACCAAAGCAAAAAGGAUAUGAGCUAUUUAGAAAUUGAUUUUAUAAGAUGAAUUGUUUUAAAAAAAUUCAAGUCCCUUUUAUCUUUAAUAUUUUUGUUUAGGAUAUUAAGUUUCUACAUUUUAGGCGUUAAAAUGUUUUUAUCAUUUUUUGUUGUUUCUAAUAGCAUUCUUUGUUUCUAGUUUUCUUAGCUUGGAUUUAAAUUACUUUUACAUGUAGAUGAUAAGUGGCUGUUACCCCUUCAAUGACUAUUAAACUUUAGUUUUUUUUAUCAAUAAGGUGAUGACUUCACUAUUUUUAUGUUUUUUUUUUUAAGGUUAUCAUGUGAAAUUUAAAACCCAAUAUGAUUGGCCAUUCCUGUUUAAAUUUUAGAAAGUAUUUAUUUCAAACUGCCCUAUUUCACUGUUAGCAUUUUUUUCUUUUUCUUUUUUCUUUUCCCAGUUGAACAGUGGGUUAGCUACUGUUUAUUCUCCCUUAUUAUCAAUGAAAUUCAUAUUCUUAAAUUGACAAGCUUAUUAGGCAAGUUAGGUGCACUGAAUCUAACCUUUAAGGUUGACAUGGGCUCAAACUUGGCCUAAAAAGAUUGAUGGACCUGAGGAAAUUCCUAUAAAUGAACAUUUCCUAUAACUGAUAAAAUAUUAUCAUUUAAUAAUCACAUUAAAAACUUAUAUUAAGUGUAAAUCCCAAUGGCUUUCCCUCACUUGUGAAACUUGUGGGGAUAAGCCAUUUUGUUUUAUGAUAUUAAAUUUAACUAUGAUAGUUAAUUAAAAAGACAUCUUGUAUUCAUUAAAAAUAUUUUUAAUUUAAAAUAUUCUUGAUUUUCUAAAGUGUGUUAGUUUACCAAUUAUUUUUGUUUAUAAAUAGACUUUAAUAGCGCUCUAGAAGUAUGACAUCUAAAGGAAAAUAUGAUUUAAAAUUACAUACUUUUGGAACUUUGAGAUUCAAGAAAGUUGCCAUGUAUAUUGAUAAAUCUAAUAAAAUAAAUCAAUUAUAAAUCUGGUUGUUCUAUAAAAGUAGAGUGCACAAAAAAUGUGUUGUGUUUUAUACUAAGAUUUGGAGAAAAUGUGUCGUGGCAAAUUGCAGUUUAUCACCAUGCUUUAUUAUUAUUUUCUGUAAAGGAUACAAAAUUUGAAGAUUAUAAAAUAAUCAACAUAUAAAUGGAAAUAGUUUAUCAUUUUCAAUUAAAGUAGUUUGUUAGUUGUUAUUGACCGAGGGUCUACAUCAUUUACAUGUGAAUUAAAACACUGGCAAACCUGACCCACCAAUAAACACAUCUACUGAAUAGAAUGCCUAUUAAUGUGAAUUACUUGUAACAUAAUACCCUUCUUAUAAUUAAAAGGAUUUUAGUUAACUCUCCUAUAUUUAAAAUAUAAUUUUGUGAUUAUGAGCAAUAGUUUAAUGGCAUUGCUUUUUGUUCACAUCAGAUUUUUAAAUAAGUAAUUUUUGUACAGUUUACAUAAAAGAACAAGUUGAGAAUUGAGAGAUAUAUUGGCUAGUAAAGAUUUAGUUGAAAGUAGUAGAGCAGUGUGAGUACAGAGACUUACAGGGAUAUGUUCAAAUUGUUGAGGUUAGGAAUAGCACAGGAGCCAGGGCAGAAUUAAUGUGAAGUAGAGAGGCACAAGAAGAUAAAACAAGAAAUCAAGAAUAUUUUUUUUAAAGCCACACAGUUAACAGAGAAUGCAGGAAAAAUGAGUUCCUCUUAGUCUUAGAUUUAGUUGUUUAUCAAAUACUUAAAUUGGAAAUGCAACUUAAAAUGAAAUAUAAGAUGCAUGUAUAUAUAUAUUACUGUUAGGAACCUGAUAACCAAAAGCUCUCAGAAAGUAGUGUAAAGAGAUAAAAUAAACCAAAUUUCCUAACUACAUGAUAUCUUAGUGAACAUGAUCUUCAGGGUCACUUUUUUCUACCCUCAUCAAAAUUUUUGUUGAAAUGGCUUUCCCCACUAUUGGGGUGGGGGUGGGGAGGGCUUUUUUCUAAAUACUACCUCUUUGAAGAAAGGAUUAUUUGUUCCAUUGGGGAGGGGUUGUGUGAUUUUGUACUCUGCCAUGUGCUAACAGCCAACAAUUAGCAACCAAAUAUAUAAACAUUAUCUUGAUUUUACAUGACUGAAAUGUUUAUAGUUUCACAAAGUCACACCUCAUGAUAUUUUCUUCUUGUUUCAUAUGUCACAGGACACACUUGUUUUGGAAUUAGCUACAGGGUAGUACAGGCUUCUCCAAGUGGAAAGUAUAAUUUUCCUUAUCAAACAGUUCAUUCAAAGGCUCCGUGGCUUUUAAAAUUAAGGGAAGCUCUGCACAGUGACACAUGCCUGUAGUCCUAGUGACUUGGGAGGCUGAGGCAAGAGGAUGCAAGUUUGAGGCCAACCUCGGCAGUUUAGCAACUUAGUGAGACCCUGUCUCAAAAUAAAUAAAAAGCACUGGGGAUGUAGUUGAGUAGAGCACCCCUGGGUUCAAUCCCAUAUCAAAAUAAAACAAAAUUAGGGGAAAUGAAAAAUGCCCAACACCUUAGCCAGACUCAACUUCCUUUUACCUCCAUCCUCUGUUAGCAUGGAGCUAAAGAGCUCUAACUCCUUUGCUAUUGCUUCUUGCUCUCCUGUGCUGUGAAGAGAAUGAAGACUGGAAGUUGUCUGCUGUUCAUAAAACACACGUCUUUAGGCUCCAAAUUUUAAAAAAAGAAAAAUCUAGAUAGAUGGAGUAGGAUCUUGUUCCCGUUUCAUCCUGACACCAUUUUGUUUGAAAAGACCUUUUGUUCUUACCACUACCAAUUCUUGGAUUCCUUUUUUUCUUCCAUACUGGGAUUAAACCCAGGGGCACUUUACCACUGAGCUAUAUACCCAGCCCUUUGUAAUUAUUUUGAAGCAGGGUCUCACCAAGUUGCCCAGGCAGACUUUGAACUUGUCAUCCUACUGCCUCAGCCUCCUAAGUAGGUGGGAUAACAGACAUGCACCACUGUGCCUGGCUAGUUUUUUGGAUUUCUUUAUGUGUAAUGAGCAAUCCCAGACUAAAUUUUUUAUCUUGUGGUGCUAGUGAUCAAACCCAGUGCCUUGCAAGACAUGUAGGCAAGUGCUCUAACACUAAGCUACAUCCCCAGGCCUAUUUUUUCUAAAAAGCAAGAAAUCCUGGAGGAAUAAUCAGCUUUUAACAAACUUGCCACUAAUUACAGUGCAAUUUGGAUGUUUUAUAACUUUUUAGUAAAUAAGACCCUCACACCCAGAGAUUAAUAAAACAUAGCCAAGGCCAUAGUAGAUUAGGAUUCAGAAGUUUGUCUUAAUUUCCCAUAUUAUUAAAGUAAAAAUAUUCAGAGAAACGAGCCAUAUGAGUAAGUGGUAUUUGGCAAAUGUUUUAUUACUACAAAGUAAUUAACAGUUUGUCUAUGGACAAAAAUUAAAUUAGAAAAAAAUCUUCCAGAGGGGCUAGUUACAAUAAUAAGAAUUAAAAUAAGGAUGGUGUUUGCUAGAGCUGACACUAAUUAAAAGGAAAAAUAAUGGGCAAGAAAGAUGUUGUUCUGUAAUUAAAAGCAAAAAAAAUAUGAAUAGGAUAUAAAAAUUGAAGUAAAUAAAACAUUUGAAAAUUAUAGGUGAGAUGAAUAGAGAUUAAAAUAAAUUGAUGAGAUUAAAAUAAUUAUAGGCUGCCUAACUGAAUAAGAGUGAUGUACAUAUCAAGGCUAUGCCUGAAUACUUGAGAUACUUUUAUAUUCUAAACAAUGGAAAGAGGCUGGUGAUAGCUGGCAACUUCUCAUUGGUAACACGAUACUCAAUCCUCUAUAUCACUACGAAACUUUUCCUACUUAAUGUAUCUCUGGAAAAUCUGCCAAAGAACCAGUGUAACAGUUGUCAAUAUUUAAGUAUAAAACUUGUCAUUAACAAAAAGCUAAAUAAGUACCAAUAGAAAAAAACCUGGAUAUGUCUAUGCAUACAUAGUUAAGAAUAAAUAAAUUUGGUAUAUCUAA